GAUAUAAUUUCCACGGGGAUACAAGAUUUGACAAUAUCGUUUAUAUCGAUAUAUGCGUUAAAAUGGUCAGUUUCGCCUCAAGCGUCUGCGUUUGCCUUGGGAGACUGUGAGCGCAACCGCGACCCCUCCCACUCUGUCGUUCCGAACGUGCCGAUUGCAAAGACGCGUCGUUCCCGCCCCCACCACCCCGUCACAACAAAUCAAGCAUGGAGGAUCCCGAUAAAAAAAACGAGACGGCGGAGCGAGACGAAAUUGUUUCUAAAAGGAGAAACAACGGCUCCAUCAUAUGGAAAUGGUUUGGUUUUAAAAAAAAAGAUGAGCAGCAGCUGCAGGUCAUCUGUAGGGAAUGCAACAAAACAGUUGCGUCCAAAAGUGGAAGCACCACCAAUCUUUUCCACCAUUUGCAGCAGCGGCACAAAGUGCAAUACGAGGAAUGUGUGAAACUCCGUGGCUGUGCUGCUGCUGCUGCAUCACCGACCGCGAAAGCAUCUUCUGCGGCUGCCCCAAAACAAUGUCUAUUGCAAGAAUCCUUCACUCGUGGUGAGCCAUAUGACAAGAAAACCGCAAAGUGGCGUGAGAUCACUAAAGCGGUAGCCUACCACAUUGCAAAAGACAUGGUCCCGGUCGCAACGGUCGCCCAGGAUGGUUUCAAAAAGUUGCUCCGAACAAUGGACCCAAGGUACAAUUUGCCAAAUCGAAACUAUUUCUCUGAAGAAGUGCUGCCAGAGAUGUACACCACUCUCAGGCAAAAGCUGACAGCCCGGCUCGCAACAGUAAAAUAUUUUGCGGUCACUACCGACAUGUGGUCCAGUAGGACCUGCGAGCCGUAUAUGUCAUUGACAGUUCAUUUUAUCGAGGACUGGAGAAUGGAGUCGGCGUGCCUCCAAACCAGCUACUUUCCUCAAGAUCACACCGGAGAGCACAUCGCUGAAGCCCUGCAGGAUGCGCUCUCAAACUGGAAGCUGGAGGAAAAGCGGCUGGUGGCCAUAACCACCGACAACGGGAGCAACGUUGUUAAAGCGGCCCAACUGCUAAAAUGGCUGAGGAUGCAAUGCUUUGGUCACCGACUUCAUUUGGCCAUUGGACAUGGCAUGGAUGAUCACCGCAUCACAAGGUGCAUUGCGCUGUGCAAGAAAAUUGUCAGCAGCUUUUCCUAUAGCUGGAAACGGAGGAGAGAAUUGGCUGAGGUGCAGAUUCAGCUGGGUCUACCGACUCACCAGCUCAUCACAGAGUCAGCCACACGUUGGGGAUCGAGACAGCAGAUGAUCAGCAGGGUCCUGGAGCAAGAGGCAGCCCUCUCCAAAGUCCUGUUUGCUGACAAGAAGUCGAGACAUCUUGUCCUUAACUGGCAGGACGUAGAGGUCCUGCAGGCAGUCCAGAAAGUCCUGAAGCCCCUUCAUGACUUCACAGACGCUCUCUCCGGUGAAGAGUAUGUCACCCUCUCCUACGUCAGGCCUGUGCUACACCUCUUCAAUUCAAGUCUCCUAAUACGGGAAGAGGAUGAUAGUGAGCUGUGUAGGUCGAUCAAGACCAGAAUCUUGGAUUACCUUAAUGCCAAGUAUGCUGACCCAGACACAAGUGACCUUUUGGAUAUGGCAUCACUUGCGGAUCCACGUUUCAGGGUCCAAUACAUCCCAGGUGAAAGAGUUGAGGCACUGAAACACAGAGCUGUGUUGGAGGUGGAGGCCUUGCAGGCUGAUUUGGGCGGCGGUAAGCCGGACCCGGCUGGCCCUGUGCCAGAGGAACCAGGAAUGCCACCACCAUCCACAAAGAAGAAGUCACUGGCCAGCUUCUUCAAGCAGAGCACAGCCACCAACACCAGGCUGACACAGAGGGAGGCGAUUGAAAGUGAGCUUACAAGCUACUUACAGUCAGCUAUCAUCGACCACGACACAGAUCCUCUCCAAUGGUGGAAGAUGCAUGCCGAUAUUUUUCCAGCACUGAGCCUCCUGGCAAAAAAGUACCUUUGCGCACCAGCAACCAGUUCCCCUUCUGAAAGGGUUUUCAGUUGCAGCGGCAACAUUGUCAACUGUCACAGGGCAUCCCUGAAGCCUGAGGCGGUUGAUAGACUAGUUUUCCUUGCACAAAACCUGUAAAAUAUAAGAGCACUGCAAAUGAGAAACGUUUUUUUGGCCUGUUCUGUUGGUAAUUUUGUUCUGUUUACAUUCUUGUUCUUUGCACAGCUGUAGGAGAAGAAAAAUCUUAACCCUUUUCAUUUAAUUAAAACUAUUUAAUAUAUUUGUUAUUUCACACAAUGUUAGAUGUUGGCACCACAUAAUUUGUCAAAGAGAUUUAAAGAUUUUAUUUAUUUUGUUAAGAAGCAUAAAAACUGUUCUGUUCAUGUGUUCAUGUGUUCAUUCAAUUUACCUUUCUUGCACUUGGCACAUGUGCCAGCCAGAGUUCCAUGUUCCAUUCUGGUGAAAAUGACUAUACAAAAUCACAUGUUGAUAUAUGUUGCAGUCAUACUGAUCUGUGUUUUAUUAAAAGUGCUUGCAACGUC